GCCCGGCGGGGUAUCCGGCAGCUCUCUCCGCAGGUGGUGUUGCUCCUGCUCUUCGUCUUCUGCCUGCUCAGUGUUUUCAUCUCUGCGUAUUAUUUAUAUGGGUGGAAAAGGGGCUUGGAGCCCUCCGGGGACGUUGCGGGGCCGGACUGUGAUGAGCCCAAGGUCGCCCCUUCCCGCUUGCUGCCGCUGAAGGCGCUCAAGGUGGCUGACUCGUCCCGCACCGACCCCUUGGUGCUGGUCUUCGUGGAGAGCCUCUACUCCCAGCUGGGCCAGGAGAUCGUGGCCAUUUUGGAGUCGAGUCGCUUCAAAUACAGGACAGAGAUUGCCCCGGGGAAGGGGGACAUGCCCACGCUGACUGACAAGGACCGGGGACGCUUUGCGCUCAUCAUCUACGAGAACAUCCUCAAGUAUGUCAACCUGGACGCCUGGAACCGGGAGCUGCUGGACAAGUACUGCGUGGAGUACGGCGUGGGCAUCAUCGGCUUCUUCAAGGCCAACGAGAACAGCCUGCUGAGCGCCCAGCUGAAGGGCUUCCCCCUCUUCCUCCACUCCAACCUGGCGCUGAAGGACUGCAGCAUCAACCCCAAGUCGCCCUUGCUGUACAUCACGCGCCCCAGCGAGGUGGAGAAGGGUGUGCUCCCCGGGGAGGACUGGACCGUCUUCCAGUCCAACCACUCCACCUAUGAACCGGUCCUCCUGGCCAAGACCAAAUCGGCCGAAUCCAUCCCACACAUGAGCGUGGACGCAGCGCUGCACACCACCGUGAUGCAGGACCUGGGCCUCCAUGAUGGCAUCCAGAGGGUGCUUUUUGGCAACAACCUCAACUUCUGGCUGCACAAGCUGGUCUUCGUGGACUCUGUCUCCUUCCUGACGGGCAAGAGGCUCUCCCUGCCCCUCGACCGCUACAUUCUGGUGGACAUCGACGACAUCUUUGUGGGCAAGGAGGGCACGCGCAUGAAGGUGGAAGAUGUCAAGGCACUGUUCGACACGCAGAACGAGCUGCGCACCCACAUCCCAAACUUCACCUUCAACCUGGGAUACUCAGGGAAAUUCUUCCACACGGGUACUGAUGCCGAGGACGAAGGCGACGACCUGCUGCUGUCCUACGUGAGGGAGUUCUGGUGGUUCCCCCACAUGUGGAGCCACAUGCAGCCUCACCUCUUCCACAACCAGUCGGUUCUCGCUGAGCAGAUGACCUUAAACAAGAAAUUCGCUGUCGAGCAUGGCAUCCCCACUGACAUGGGGUACGCUGUGGCCCCCCACCACUCGGGCGUGUACCCCGUCCACGUGCAGUUGUACGAAGCUUGGAAGCAGGUUUGGUCGAUCAAAGUGACGAGCACAGAGGAAUACCCCCACCUGAAACCAGCUCGCUAUCGUCGUGGCUUCAUCCACAAUGGCAUCAUGGUACUCCCCCGGCAAACCUGCGGCCUCUUCACACACACCAUCUUCUACAAUGAGUACCCCGGUGGCUCCAGUGAGCUGGACAAAAUCAUCAAUGGGGGUGAACUGUUCCUGACCGUGCUCCUCAACCCUAUCAGCAUCUUCAUGACCCAUCUGUCCAAUUAUGGCAACGACCGCCUGGGCUUGUACACCUUCAAGCACCUGGUCCGCUUCCUCAACUCCUGGACCAACUUGAAGCUGCAGACGCUGCCGCCUGUGCAGCUGGCACAGAAAUACUUCCAGAUCUUCUCUGAGGAGAAGGACCCGCUGUGGCAGGAUCCCUGUGAAGACAAACGUCACAAAGACAUUUGGUCCAAAGAAAAGACCUGUGACCGAUUCCCAAAGCUUCUCAUCAUCGGGCCUCAAAAAACAGGAACGACCGCCCUCUAUCUCUUCUUGGGGAUGCACCCGGACCUGAGCAGCAACUACCCCAGCUCAGAGACCUUCGAGGAGAUACAGUUCUUCAAUGGACACAACUAUCACAAGGGCAUCGACUGGUACAUGGAGUUCUUCCCCAUCCCCUCCAACACCACUUCCGACUUCUACUUUGAGAAAAGUGCCAACUACUUUGACUCAGAAGUGGCUCCUCGGCGAGCUGCGGCCCUGCUCUCCAAGGCCAAAGUCAUCACCAUCCUCAUCAACCCUGCAGAUCGAGCCUACUCCUGGUAUCAGCACCAGCGAGCUCACGAUGACCCAGUUGCCCUGAAAUACACCUUCCACGAGGUGAUCACAGCAGGACCCGAGGCUGCUCCGAAGCUCCGGACCCUGCAGAACCGCUGCCUGGUGCCAGGCUGGUACGCCACCCACAUCGAGCGCUGGCUGAACAGCUACCACGCCAAUCAGAUCCUGGUCCUGGACGGCAAGCUGCUCCGAACGGAACCCGCCAAAGUGAUGGAGACAGUCCAGAAAUUCCUCGGUGUGACCAACUUCAUCGAUUAUCACAAGACCCUGGCGUUUGAUCCCAAGAAAGGAUUCUGGUGUCAGCUUCUGGAUGGAGGGAAAACAAAAUGCUUGGGAAAGAGCAAAGGGAGGAAGUACCCCGAGAUGGAUUCGGAUUCGCGCGCCUUCCUGCGGGACUAUUACAGGGACCAUAACAUCGAGCUCUCCAAGCUGCUGUACAAAAUGGGGCAGACGCUGCCCACCUGGCUGCGGGAGGAGCUGCAGAGCACCAGGUAG